AUGAAUUCGGAAUGCGUGAGCGGUCAUUUAAAUAUAUUCAAUUGGAAAGUGAUGCUGACAAUUCUCUACAUGACAAUUCCAAUAACUCCCGUCUACACCGCCAUUCUCAUUGUUAGAAAAUUGACUAUAACAAGACUACGUGCAGAGAGGAUCAUGUCAGAAAACCGAAAGCAGCUUCACGCGCAGCUUCUCAAAGCGCUCACUAUACAGGCAUGUUUGCCAAUAUUCUUCUUGGUUCCUGUUAUCACCUAUGCGAUUGGUCAGUUUGGCAUCUAUAAUCAUCCUGUUCUUGAGUAUUCUACCUUUCCACUGGGCAACUUCAUACCAGCGAUGAGUCCAGUUACUUCAAUCUAUUUUGUACGACCUUAUCGUAUAUGGAUAAGAGAUAAGUUAUUCUGUCGGCGUCAAGUAGCAUCACCCUCAAUUUCACCGUCACGAAUAGCUACGAUGCGUGGUAGCAUAGAAGCCAGCAAAACAAACUUCUGA